AUGUCUCCUGUUUCCUCAUCGGGUUCAACCAAUUUACUGUCCACUAAUGUCAGUGUGGCACCUCUUGUGCUUCUAUCUGUUGUGGACCAUUAUGAACGUGUGAUGAAAUCCACAUCCGCAAGCUCUUCGCAAGCAUCAAAAAGAGUUGUUGGAGUAAUUCUCGGUGAUAAUACUCAGAAGGGUUCCAUUAAAGUCACCAAUUCUUUUGCGAUUCCUUUUGAGGAGGACGUCAACAGUCCCGAUAUUUGGUUUCUUGAUCACAAUUUCAUUGAAAAUAUGCUCGACAUGUUCAAGAAAAUCAGUGCGAAAGAGAAACUGAUUGGCUGGUAUCAUUCAGGUCCCAAAUUGAAGAGCAGUGACUUGAAGAUUAAUGAGAUUUUCAAGAAAUUCACUCCGUCCCCUCUACUUUUGAUCGUUGAUGUGAAUUCUACAGAUAAAAUCGAUAUCCCGACGGAUUCUUACGUUUCAAUUGAGGAAAUCAAAGAAGAUGGUUCGUCGAGCGAGAAAACAUUUGUUCAUCUACCAUCUACCAUAUUAGCCGAGGAGGCUGAAGAGAUUGGAGUCGAACAUUUGUUGAGAGAUAUAAGAGAUCAAGCAUGUGGGAAUUUGUCCGUUCGGCUGACGAACAAUUUUAAAUCUCUGAUCUCCCUUAAAGACCGACUAAGCACGAUUGUGAACUAUCUGAAUAGGAUUACUACCGGUGAGUUGCCAGUCAACCAUGUUAUCCUUGGCAAGCUCCAGGAUAUCUUCAAUUUACUGCCAAAUCUUGGUGCUUUUUCUGCUGAUUUAGUGGAAGGAUCAUCGGAGGAGUCCCAAAAUAAACGUCUCAGCGCGGCCUUCAACGUGAAAACUAACGAUGAGCUCAUGAUUUUAUACGUCAGCAGUUUGGUGAGGUCAAUUAUCGCUUUUAACGAUUUAAUCGAAAAUAAGAUUCAAAACAAAAAAUCGAACGAAAGCUUGAAGUCUAUCACCGACGAAGAUAUCAAAGAAAAGAAAGACGACGAAAUGGAAGGUGUGGAGACGGAGAAUUCAUAG